ACGUCCUUUCUGUCUGCGGCUCUUUGUUGGUUUUUCUUCCAUUGUUCGUUUCGAUCCAUCCCGACAUCGAGUUUUAUCCACCCUCCAUCCCAAAAAAUCUCCAUCUAAGGUCCCCCCAGAACGAACCAAAUACCCGGGGUCGGCGCCCGCUUCCGUCAUUGCCGCUGUGGAGUGCUCGGACCGAACCAGGUUUUUUUUCCUUCUCUCUUCCUUUGGCCAAGAAAAUAACUCCUCUGUUUCAGCCACGACUGGCAUAACGAACAUUGAGGCGAAAGGGGGACGUGCGCUUGCUUGUCUUUUGACACGUCUCGACAGAUUGGGGGAUUUGGCAUGGAAAAAAGAAGUGACAUCAAGCACACGUCCAAGUCGAAUAAGCGAUAGUUCGGCCUUGAGCUGCGCGAGACGCCGAACUGCUGCUUUCCGCUUCGAAACGAAGCCCCCCUGGAAGCCCAUCUCCCACACUUCUCAUCUUCAGUGCCAUUCAUCUCAUAUUCAUGUCCCCCGCGCCCUGCAGGUGACAGUGGUGAAGGGGCCUGCCAAUCAGCGGCCGGCCAAUUGCCAUUUUCCAUCUCAUUCCCUUGUCUACUACCCUCCCACUUUCCCCACACACCAUCAGAGCAUGAGGUUGCUCACAUCCUGGCGACGGCUCCUCGGCCGCGUCGAGACGGCGGCCGACUACGCGGGCGUGCUGAUCCCGCUCGAGGACGCGCACCUGCACAGCCACUCGGCCCGGUCCGGCCGGACCGAGUACGAGGAGGCGCCGGGGUCCGACGACGACGACGUCGGUGCCGGACGCCGCGGUGAUGGUGACGACGACUCCCCCGCCGCCACUAAGCAGGACGAGCACGAGGGCAGCGGGAUGCUGCAGAUGCGCGCCGCCGAGUACAGCAUCGAGGGCCUGCGGAGGGAGGUCAGGCGCGGUGAGAAGGGCACGCAGUGGUCCGCGUACGAGAUGAAAUCAAAACUCAUAAACAAGGCCAUCCAGGACAUUGGCAUGGGCAAGUACAACUGGCAGUUAUUCUUUUUGUGUGGGUUUGGAUGGUUUGCCGAUAAUCUAUGGAUGCAAGGAGUAUCACUCACCCUGCCCUCACUGUCGGCCGAGUUCGGCAUCGCGGAAAAGACGGUACGCUACACGACCAGCUCCGUCUUCCUCGGCCUCUGCUUCGGCAGCUUCUUCUGGGGCAUCGGGUCCGACGUGAUGGGCCGGCGCGUGGCCUUCAACUGCACGCUCCUCAUCACGGGCGUCUUCGGCGUCGCCGUCUCGUACGCGCCCAGCUGGGGCGCCGUCUGCCUGCUCUACGCCGGCCUCGGCUUCGGCGUGGGCGGCAACCUGCCCGUCGACGGCGCCCUCUUCCUCGAGUUCCUGCCCGACGCCUCGAGCUCGCUCCUGACGCUGCUGUCGGUCUGGUGGCCCGUCGGCCAGCUGUGCUCGUCCCUGUUCGCCUGGCUCUUCAUGGCCAACUGGCCCGCCGACCGCGGCUGGCGCCUCUUCGUCCUGGCCAUCGGCGUCGUGACGUUGGCCAUGUUCGCGCUGCGCUUCUGGGUCUUCCGCCUGUUCGAGUCGCCAAAGUACCUGCUCUCGCGCGGCAGGCAGGCCGAGGCCGUGGCCGUCGUGCACGGCAUCGCGUACCGCAACGGCGUCAAGACCUGGCUGACUGACGAGAUUCUCGACGAGGUCGUGGGCGAUGGCGAUGGCGAUGACGACGACGACGGCGGCGGCCGGGCCGCGCGCGCGUCGCGGCACGCGGCAGUGGACGGGGACGGCGGCGACGAGGCGCUGCUGGCUUCCUCGCCAUCUUGGCCACCGUCCCGUCGCGGCGGCGGCGGCAGCGGUGGUGGUGGUGGCGGUACUAGCCCGAGCGUGCUGAGCGUGGUCCGGACCAAGCUCGCCGCCUUCUCGGGCGAGCGCAUCCGGCCGCUCUUCAGUAAUAGGCGGCUCGGGCGGGCUACGGUCGUUAUGUGGUUCGUCUGGGCCACCAUCGGCAUGGGCUACCCGCUCUUCAACGCCUUCCUGCCGCAGUACCUACUCUCGCACGGCAGCGGCGAGGAGUCGUUGUCGUCGUCCGCCGCCGCUCCCGGCCUGGCCGCACGCGCCGACGCCGCCCCGCCGCCGCCGCCGCCCAUCUCGGCCGAGAUGUACCGCAACUACGCCAUCACCAGCAUCGUCGGCGUGCCGGGCAGCCUCCUGGCCGCCUACACGGUCGACCACCGCUCCCCCUUGCUCGGCCGCCGCGGCACCCUGGCCGGCUCGACCCUCGUCUCGGCCGUCUUCCUCUUCGGGUUCGCCGCCUGGGGCGGCGGGUCCCCCGGUCUGCGCCUGGCCUUUUCGUGCGUCGAGGCCUUCAGCCAGAACAUCAUGUACGGCGUCCUCUACGCCUUCACCCCCGAGAUCUUCCCCGCCCCGGUCCGGGGGGCCGGCACGGGCGUGGCCAGCUUCCUGAACCGCGUCAUGGGCCUCAUCGCGCCCGUGCUGGCCGCAAACAUACCCGGCGACGGGUCCACGGCGCCCAUCUACCUGUCGGGCGCGCUGAUCCUCGCCGCGUUUGCGGGCAUGUGUUUCAUCCCGAUCGAGACGCGGGGGCGGCAGCGGCUGUAGUGUUUUGGCUGCCUUUGGUCUUGACCUGUCGCGAUUUUUUUCGCGUCCUGUCAUUAUUUAUUUGCAUCACUUGGAUUGUGUGCGUCCAUGUUAGUCAGCAACCGGGGCGACUCCAAAAAAUCAUUUGUCGUCCCGGAAUAGCAUUAAUGGGUUAUCAAGAUGUAAAAAUAGCAUUGCUCUGGUGUACUCGCAAGAGAUCUAUGCAGAAUCUCAAACUCUAACCACCACCAUGUUGUAAAUUUAUCAAAUCGUGACGAGCCCCGACGCUUCUAGGGUAUCAAAGAGCA